UUAUACUCAACAGUUAAGUUAAAAGUACUGAUUAAUCAUUUAACCAUAUCAUCAAGAUUCAAGAUCGAAAUUGCCAUAGCUAAAUAUUAUUCCGCCGUUUAAACUAACUCCAGGAUCUCCGUGUAAAUCCUUAAGAGAAAUAUUUUAUUUGUUUAGGGCGAUUAGGUUGGCAGUGGCUCAACUGGCAACACUGUCUUGUCUGCCGUCUGCUGUCUGUCACAGUCACAUCACAGCCGUUAGUGAUGUACUGAUGUGAAUGUGAGUCGUGAGUUUUGAGUUUGAGUACCUAUUGCAACAGAACAAAACUGUCUCGUUUGAAGAAGCUCGGAUACGGACGUUAAUGAAGGUUGAAUGUGCGUGUAUUUGUUAUGCGUAUGGUAUGUCUUAUGUUAUGUUGUAGAUUUGUGAUUUGUUCAUAACUAAAACUAAAGAUGCCUAAGAGAGCAAAAACAUUGUACAAAUUUAAAUGCCUAGAAGUGAUGUGCAACACGAUCCAUCGCAAAGACAAAUGGUUGGAUCACUGUAAGAAGAAACAUAGUUACAAGUUUAAGAACAAUUUAAAAAUCAAUUAUAAAGUGGUUGAAAUAAAAGUCGACAACGGCCCAUGGCAAAAAUACGUUCCAGACCCAAGCCCAAGCCAAUCUACAUCCCUGGAUGACAUCCCUCAUACUUUGACGAGUAGGCCUACCCAAGACCAAGAUGAAGAUGUUUUUGAGCCAACAUCAGAAAGUUUCCAAGAUAAAUCUACCAGCGAGAUCGAGACUGAUGCAAUUACUCUACCACUACUAGAAGUCACAGACUCUGAACUAGAAACACAAAGAUCAAACCAAGAACUGGAAGAACAGGAACCUGACAAUUUUGGAACAAGUGAUGUAGAUGAACCAGACUCGGAUAUUUCAUCUAAUGAAGAUCACAGUGAUCCAGCUUCAUAUGCUAACCUCAAGCUCUCUCCUGAAGACAUAAAUGUGGCUCUAAAUUUGGAAAAUCAAGACUUAUCAUCAAUAGAAUUUCCUUCAACGGGUGGAAGAAAAUUUAAUCCUCUGUGGAAAAAUUGUAUAUUGCCCAAUAACAGUGUGAAACCUAGGAAGUGGCUAGUGUACAGUAAAAAAAGGACGCUGUAUUUUGUUUGCCUUGCACACUAUUUGCACUUCCAACUGAACGGUCUGUAUGGGGAACAACCGGCUACAGAGGAUGGACAGAGCAUAGAGGAGAAAGAGAUUUUUUACUCCACGAGACUUCCAAAAAUCAUAUAUCUGCAGAGGUUGCCAGAAUUCAAUGGAUCUCACAAAAGAGAAUAG